AGUUAUGGAGGGGCUUGCGGUGUCAACCGUGGCCUUUUUCUCCGCCAAUAUUAGUAUCAUUUAAGCGAUUUCGAUGGCAGGAUCCACUUUAGAAGAAGGAGCUCAGAGACACCAGAAAGUUUACAGCUUUUUGAAGCGUGUACUGCCGCAAGAUCGCUAUGAAGGUAUUCGAGUGAUCGAACCAUGCGUUGUUGUUGCAGAUGGUUUUAAGAAGACUUUUCAGUUCGCUGUUCUCGGCGACGAAAUGCUUUACAUAACUGAAAAUCCUCCGAGGACUUCGAAAGAUAUCAGACUGCGUGUGGAUUUAGCUUGCGUUACAUCUGUAGAGCUGAUCCAUGAUGUUGCAGAAUUUCUUGGGGGAGAUUUAAAGACCAAGAACCAGCACAUUCUGUUAGUUUAUAAAAAGAUUUUUAAGCAAACAGCAUCAAGCCAAGCAGUAGCCAUUCCUUCAAGUGAAAACAAUUCAGCAUUGAAGUUAGCUCUCCAAACUUCUUCCAUUCUCAGCACAUCUCCAGUGUUGAGAGUAGAUUCAACACCGCAAGUGGGAUAUAACCUUAAAUCUAAAACAUCAAUGGGACGUGUGGAAAGUCAGCCAAUCACGACACAACAUCUUUCAGUACAGACAAACAGACUUCAUUUAAGUGCUUCAGAUCCUGAUCUGCGACAUCCAAGGCAUGAACACAGCAAAUUGUAUUCAGGGUCAACUAAUAAUAUUGGUGCUGUUUCUGCAUCACCCCGAAAUACACGACCUCUUCCACCGCCUCCUCCAGGUCAUGAAUCAGUGAUCACGCAGUCAAGCUCAGGUGCAAGACUGAGAUCAGGAAAUGUUGGUCAGCAGCGAAUAAAGAAAAUGACAGCUUCACAGCAGAAGAAACCUAGCAAUGACUAUGAUGAGUUGAAUUGUAGCUCCAGCAGUAGUGAACUUGAGAUUUCAUAUCAGUGUACAUCAAACAAUUUUAACAGACAAAAGUCAGUGGAUUCUAGUGGUCAAAACAGGGCAUGCUCCCCCUAUGGAAGGAGUCGUUAUGGUAGUGACAGUAAUGGUUCCAUGGACAGUGGGGGAGAAUUGGACUAUUAUUCUGAUGAUGAGAGCAAUGAUUCCUCUAGCAACAACUUUGAAUUGAUGGAAAUGGAUUUAUAUAUCCUUUCUGAAAAAUCACCAAUGUACAUGCAUCUUAAAAGCACAUGGAACAACUGCAUUUUGAAAUCUACACUCCAUCAUGGUCGAAGGAGUUCCACGCCAACAUCACCAACUGGAUUUAACAAAGUUGACAAUUCACAGUUGUUGCACUUGUUUAAUCAGCUGAAGACAGAAAUCCUUCAAUCUCAUAUCAUGGAGAAGACAUUUAUCCUUGUUCAGGAACUUUUGACCGCAGCAGAAAAGAGUUUCAACUUAAAAAAAUACUUCUGGAAGUCACCAGAUCUCUUUUUGUUCAUGGUGAGUCAACUUCAGCGGUAUAUGCCGCAAUCCCGCAGCCAAUCAUCAUCAUCACGAAAGAAAGGAAGCAACAGAGAGGAUGAGCUUGACUUUGUUGUGGUGUUAUUGCAGACAUUUGUAUGUCUGUUUCGUGAGACAGACAUUCUUUCUACUCGACUGAUGGUCAUCAAAGCUCACAAAGGACAAGCUAUCAAGGAGCUUCUGAAAUGCAUUGUCCUUCAUCCUCUAACCACAUCACAGCAACCAGCUGGCAUCUCUCCUGCAGCUCAGCUGUUGUUGUCGGGAGCUGACAGGAACAUGUUUACAGUGGGAGAUAGGGAAAAAGAGACUGACAAAUUAUUGAAAGAGGUUCUGGACAAUGCUACUUCGCUUCUGUUUGAGCUGAUGUGUGCUGUACGCCAGGCCAACUGCUUUUCAGUAGAAGACAAUGUUCUAAACAUUUAUUGGCUCAUGAAGAUUGUCGAAACCCAAGAACAAACUACAUGUUUUGUGCAAAGGGUCAUGGAACGUCUAACGUCAUUAGUAUUAUCUUCCGGUCGAUAUCUGUCUCCCGCUGAUGCUGUUCUUCUUUAUCGACAACUUUACGUUCUUAAAAACUUUCUCGAAUAUGGUACAGUGGUUGCGAAUCAAAUCCGAGUUGGAUAUGCAGAAGAAUUUAGAUAUUACAUUAGAAAGCCAGUGGUAAAGAAGAAACUUUCCACCAAGUUUCCCUUGACAAGUCCCACAAUAGAACUAUUGGAGAAAGUCACGGAGUUUGUGUUAAAGCAGCCAUCACUAAGAUGACAGUCAAAACAUUUCUCGUUCCCUUUACCAAAUCUAGUUUAUAGGUAUCACUUUGAAUUCCCUUCCCCCUUGUUACCAGAACAAGACGUCAUAUUAUUUAAAAUAGGCCAUUCUCAAAAGUUAUUUGUAUUUAAAAUUAUUGAAUUCUUCUGUCACAUGUCGAAACUUGCAUUUAUUUAAAGCUGUUGGAUUUUUGAUGCCGAAAGUUUUUCAGAAUCCUGUUCGACCAUGCCUCUUCGUCCCCGAACUUUACAGCCAGUCAUGGCGGGCCAAGAAACCAUGAAAAACAAACAAAAAAACAAUUAUUCAAUAUAGCGAAUGCUGUACAUAGAAUUUUAGUCUUUGUGAAUUUUGUCCUCCACAUGAAAUGUCCGCAGACUUUCGCGCUUAGUUGGCGCGAAGCAUAUGAAAUUUGAUGAAGAAACCCUAACUAAGGAAAAAAAAAAAAGGGAAUAAAACAACAAUUUUGAAAUGUCCAA